UCGCAUCAAUGACCGUAAACCCAGUUACAUCUUGAAACGACUGAGUGAAAAAUGUCAUAGUUGCUAUGGAUGCUUUGUGCGCCGAAUGUGCCAAAGCUGUGUGAAGUUGAAUACGAAAGCGAGUGUGCAUGAAGAGUAUUCACUGCUGAAUACAUUCAGAAUUGCAUGCUUAUGAAUAUUUAACAUUUGGGUGGGAUUAAUGCGGUUCAUUUAGUAUAAAUAAGGCGCAUCAGCGCUGAACAUCAGGAAACCAAACAAACUACCUUCAGCAUCAUCAAAGACACAAUGUUCCUCUGACAUUUAUAAGUGAGAUCUAUAAUCAAUAUCUGAAAUGUUUAAUGGGAAAAUGAGAGACGAAGGCAACCGAAGUGUUCAAUACUGCUUUUCAAACAACAAUUUGUCGUGCAUCAAAGAAGUCAAAACUGGAGCAGAGUCUGUCAUAUUGUACCUUGUUAUUUUUUUAGCGUCAGUCUUCACCGUGUUUCUGAAUCUGCUGGUGAUCAUCUCCAUCUCUCACUUCAAGAAGCUUCACACUCCAACCAACCUGCUCAUUCUCUCUCUGGCUGUUGCCGAUCUGAUUGUGGGACUCAUUGUGAUUCCACUGAUGGGCAUCAGAUAUAUUGAGACGUGCUGGUACUUUGGAGAGAUGUUUUGUUCUUUAUUUCCAUUUAUUCUUUACACGGUUGUUUCAGCGUCUCUUGGUAAUUUAGUGUUUAUAUCCAUAGAUCGUUAUAUUGCGAUAAAAGAUCCUUUGCAAUAUUCCACGAGGGUCACAACCAACAAAGCAUUUCUUUGUAUCAUCAUAAACUGGCUGUGUUCAACCGCUUAUUCCGUAAUUAUGUUAUAUGAGGCGAUCUUUUAUUCUGACAAUCAAAGCGUGUGUUAUGGAGACUGUAUCGUCACCGUAAAAUUUCAAUAUGUUGUCACAGAUCUCAUCGUCUCUUUGGUGGCGCCUUGCUCCAUCAUCAUAUCUUUGUAUGCCAAGAUCUUUUGUAUAGCAAAAAAUCAAGCUCAGCUCAUAAACUCGGUCACAAAUGCCAGCAGGUCAGAAAAAAAGGCAGCAAAGACACUAGGUAUUGUUAUAACAGUUUAUCUUCUGUGUUGGAUACCGUUUUACAUAGCCUCGCUCAUCCCGGGAUAUGAUUCAAAUGAAUCGACUGUAAUAAACAUUAUGUCCUGGAUAAUGUACAUGAACUCCUGCAUGAAUCCCAUCAUCUAUGCACUCUUUUACCGGUGGUUUAGAAUAUCAGCUAAACACAUUUUGUCUCUGAAAAUUCUGAAAAAGUCAUCAAAUUAUUUCAGUGUGUUUGCAGAGCCAAUUAACCAGUGA